AUGGGCAUUCCGAUGACCCGGCUCAGCAAGAGCAACAUGCAGUUUCACGAGGCAAUCCCUAGGAAGAAAGCCAAAUCACUCGGACAGAUCGCCCUCGACAUCGUAUUCAGCGAGGAGAAGAACUUCCGAAAGGAGCAGCUGACUUUCGAAGUGGUAGACUUCCGGAGCGCUUGCCGUGCUAUCUUGGGUAGGCCAGCCUAUGCACGAUUCAGGGCCCGACCAUGUUACGUGUAUCUUAAGCUUAAGAUGCCAGGGCUGAAAGGCGUGAUCACUAUCACGGGCAAUCGGAAGUUGGCCGAAGAGUGUCUCCAGAAGGGCUCUCAGAUCGCCAACGAGCAGAUGGCGAUGGCCGAGCUGGACGAGUACAAAAAGGCGGUCGAUUCGAGUGAGAUGCUUUAG